UACAGACUCGUUUUGAAAAUUGGCCUAAUUCGCCUUCAUAUUAUUUCCUGGAGUUUAUGUUAGUGCGUGCAUGAUGGCUUGUGUGAAGAGUUUGAAAGUGGAAAAGAGGGCCCUCCAUCAGCCAGAUUUGAAACAAUUAGCUUGUCAGAUUGAGGUGGGCAUGAGGAAUAGUUUCAGAAAGGUUUCAGUGUCGGUCGUCGACUGCCCAAACCUAACGGAAGAACCAUUUGGAUUGGCUGACGCUGGACUCGGUGGUAGUCCGAAAAUUUUGGAUGUUGGUGGUGUUCCUUACCUUAUACCAACCCCAGACAAGACAAGAAUUUACAAUUUCGGCGAUCUAGCAAAUAUAAUUGAAAUGAGAAAUCCGUUUGUUAUUGGAGCUGGAGCUGGAGGGUGUCAUAUUCUAGGUGUAAACAGUGAAAUGAUGGCUAAUCUAAAAAUAUGUACCGGUGCAAAUGGUAGGGAAAUUCUUGCUAGCAAAGUAGCUACAGUAUCUCCAGAAGAACACUUGUGUCAUAUUCGCGAUUACAAAGAAAAAGAGUUUUGCCUGCUAGGCAACUUUCUGGCCUGUGAAGGGAAGACAAGCAAGGUUCUGAGAAUUCAUGCCAGUCAGAGAAUUGGAGAGGAUAAUUUUGUUACUUGCAUAAGGAAGAUUGUCGACUCUGAAUAUGGAGCUCAAUGUGUUGGAAUGGGUGGCGUAUUUAUAAUACAUAAAGGAAAAGCCAAUCUUCAUGUUAUGCCUGAUUUCUCUCAGCUCCCCCUUAAAAGUGACAAUGAUGUAAAAGAAUGGCUUAAAUUUUAUGAAUCAAGUUCACCACUGAUUUGCCUCAGUGUUCUGGUAAGCUCUGAUCCAGGUCUUGAUUUGCGAAUAGAGCACACCCAUUGUUUUAGCUACCAUGGAGGGGGCCAUUACCAUAAUGAUACUACACCCAAUGAUGUUGAAUAUGAAGCGUUUUAUUCUGUAGCAGAGGAAAUUUAUAGGGUUGACAGGCCGAGCCAGAGUCACAAAAUUGGCAGAGAUUGAAUAAGCUGUUCUAUAUGUUUGUUUCAAAGGCAAAGUAUUUUCAUGAUUCUAAAUUUGAUUAAAUAGUAGACAGUGGUGAAAAUCUUUCUAUUCCUCUUGCGCUAUGGAAAUUCUUAUGGCCUUUGGAAAAGGUUUUUUUAAAGGGAUGUGGCCAAUUAUAUCUCUUUAGUAUAUAUUUAUGUUCUAUUAGUGAUUGAAAAUUGUUUUAUUGUUCAUGUUAUUCAUUGCACACUGUCUCGAAA